AUGCAAGAGGAUAAAAAACAACAACAACAGAUUGUAUCAGAAGAUGCUAGUAAUAGUUUUGUUGAAGAAGAAUAUUAUGAUGGUAAGUCAAUGACAUUUUGGCAAAAACUAAUUAAAACCCUUGAGGUUCAACCAAAAGGUGAAUUAUCUACGGCACAAAUGUUUUUAUAUAAUCAUGAUUUACGUCCUGUUGAAGAAGCAAGACGUCAAUGGGCAUGGUAUAAUUAUGUUUUCUUUUGGAUAGCUGAUUCUUUUAAUAUUAAUACUUGGCAAAUUGCAGCCACUGGUAUUCAAUCAGGUGGUAUGAAUUGGUGGCAAACUUGGUUAAGUGUUUGGUUAGGUUAUGCAUUAUGUGGUAUAUUUGUAAGUAUUGGAUCACGAGUUGGUUUAUUCUAUCAUAUUUCAUUCCCAGUAGCUGCUCGUUCUUCAUUUGGUAUUUAUGGUUCUUUAUGGCCAGUAUUAAAUCGUGUGUUUAUGUCAUGUAUCUGGUAUGCUGUUCAAACUGCUGUUGCUGGUCCAACUUUUGAACUUAUGUUACAUUCCAUCUUUGGUAAGAAUCUCCCGGAGAGAAUCCAUGAUACAAUUCCUGAUAAAGAUUUAACUACUUUUCAAUUCCUUGGAAUCUUUCUCUUUUGGUUAUUUCAAUUGCCUUUCUUAUGGUUUCCUCCACAUAAGAUUAGACAUUUGUUUACAGUUAAAGCAUAUAUUGUUCCUGUUGCUGGUAUUGCCUUUUUGGUAUGGACAAUUGUUAAAGCUGGUGGUAUUGGACCAGUAAUUCAUCAAAAAUCAAAAGCACAAGGAUCUGAAUUAGCUUGGGCAUUUGUUGAAUCUACCAUGAAUGCAUUAGCUAAUUUUGCAACAUUGAUUGUUAAUGCCCCAGAUUUCUCUCGUUUUGCUAAUAAACCUUCAUUUGGUAUGAAAUAUUUGGUUUAUACUUUAUCUAUUCCAAUUUGUUUUUCAAUCACUUCUCUUAUUGGUGUAUUGGUUACUUCUGCUUCAGAAGCAAUGUAUGGUGUUGCUUAUUGGUCUCCAUUAGAUGUAUUGGGAACAUUUUUAGAUAAUUAUACUCCUGGAAAUCGUGCUGGUGUCUUUUUCAUUUCUGCUGCUUUUGCUUUAGCUCAAUUAGGUACUAAUAUUUCAGCAAAUUCUAUUUCUUUUGGUACUGAUUGUUCUGCUUUAUUACCACAAUUUUUAAAUAUUAGAAGAGGAAGUUAUAUUUGUGCAUUUUUAGCCCUUGCUAUUUGUCCAUGGAAAUUAAUAUCAUCAUCUUCAAGAUUUACCACUUAUUUAUCAGCUUAUUCUGUAUUUUUAUCAUCUGUUGCUGGUGUUGUUGCUUGUGAUUAUUUCUAUAUUCGUAGAGGAUAUAUUAAAAUCCUUGAAUUAUAUUCAUUAACUAAUCCACAAGACAAAUCCCAACCAUCAAUUUAUAGAUAUAAUAAAAUUGGAGUUAAUUGGAGAGCUUAUGCUGCUUAUAUUUCUGGAAUUUUACCAAAUAUUGUUGGAUUUGUUGGUGCUACUGGUACUCAUAAAGUUCCUAUUGGUGCUACAGAAGUUUAUAGAUUGAAUUUCUUUAUGGGAUUUUUCAGUUCUUGGAUUGUUUAUUCAAUUUUAUCGUAUUGGUUCCCUGUUCCAAUAGGUGUUGAAAAUGUGGGUCCAUUUGAAAAAGGUUGGUUUGAAGAAAACCAAGAUGUGGAGAGUUUUGAAGAAGAAUUGGUUGGUCAUGAAGUUCAUCAUGGUGUUGAAACUUAUGGAGUUUUUGAAGAAGACCAAAGUAGUGGGUUCAAGAAAAGUGUGUAG